GUUCAAUUUAGCUUAGUAGUUUAAUUCAAUUCAGUUCAGUUGAUUUCAGUCCAUUAGUACACGCCCUUAGUGAAAAUUUCACCCUUUCGAAAUAUGCUCAUGAGCUCCUCCCAUAUGUUUAUAGAGCAACCACACCAUCUAACAGAAGCAACCUAGAAGCUUAGAUAUAGUAGCACAACAAAAUUGACAGCGUUGAUUACAAAAAAUUGACCGUGCACAAAAUUGACUAAACGCGCCACCUUAGAGCGUGGUAAAUAAAAGCAAAAACUCACCUUAACACCACGUGGCGUCCUACGUUUUGUCCACUUCUACAUGGUGUUACACAAAAUAAAAAUAAAAAACUUUAACAACAAAUUAAAUUAAAAUACUAUCCUCUUCAAAAUUUAACACCCAAAUAUUCUUACAACAACAACAAAUUAAAAAAAAAAACGUUUCUAAUAACGACUUCCUUCUCCUAUCCCAUCCUUCUUUCUCACUCCAAAAUUCAAGCAUCCAUCCAUGGGAGCUUUUCAUGAAUCAAAGGAGGAGAGAGAAACAGAGGAGGAAACAGGGGAAAUGGGAGGAAAAAAUAUUGAGAAAGGUGGUAAUGAAGAAAAAAUGUUUGAAACAAAUAACCCACAUAAUACAAAUUUUAAUGCUUCAAUGUUAAGAACAUUAAAUCCUACUAAUCCUUUAAGAGUUGUUAUUAAUGGAAAUUUAAGAACUCCAUUAACAACACCACCAAUUCCUCGUUCUCUUCAUCAUCCUCAUCCUCCUCCUCCGAAUGUUCAUAUUCCUCCUAGUGUUCAUCCUCCUCCUCCUCCUCCUUCGUCGCAACCUCGAUUUAUUCCUACCACCACCCCAACUCCUCAACAAUCAGUAGUUUCAUUGAACUCAAGAGGGUACACCAACAAAAUAUCUCUAUUUCUAUUUGUGGUUCACAAAAUAGCAGCAAUUGGGUUGGUUGGAUUUCUAAUAUACAAAGCAAUUGAAGGGUUUCUUAGAGGUGGAUCAUUUAGAAGAAAAGAGCAAGAUAUAUUGAAGCAUUAUUUGCCUCAAGUUGAAGCUGCAUCUUUUUUGAGCAUUGUUUUGGCAUUUUUAUGGCAAAAAGCUGUUAGGGUUUGGCCUCAAUUUAUGAUCCAUUUCAUAUUAUGGAGUAGUUUUGCUAUGUCAUUUUCAGCUGGAAUUCUCCUUAUUUGUUUCCAAAAGCCUACUACUGAUGCUUGUGGAGCUGCCCUUAUUGCAUUUGCUAUUGGGAAUGGUUUAUAUUCUUGUUGGGUUACUCAAAGAACAGGUUUUGCUACCAAAGUCUUGAUAAAAUCACUCGAACCAGUAUCGAAAUUUCAUGACUUAAAUCAUCCUACAUACUAUAUGCUUGUCGCCGGGUUCUUGUGGAUGUCUCUUUGGAUACUGGCUGUGAUUGGAUCAUUGAAUUUUUAUUUGACACCAUUGGUUAUAAUAGGACUAGUUUUGAGCUUAGCUUGGACUACUGAGGUCAUGAGAAAUGUGGCGAAUUUGACAGUAAGCAGAGUAAUUGCUCUGUAUUACCUUAGAGGAAUGCAGUCUAGCACUCAUUUUUGCUUCCAUAGAGCACUCACUAGGAAUCUUGGGAGUGCUUGUCUCGGUUCACUCUUCGUUCCUACAAUCGAAGCCUUGAGGAUCAUAUCGCGAGGGUUGAAUCUUGUCGAGGGGGAGGAUGAAUUCAUGUUCUCUUGUGCUCAUUGUUGCUUGAACAUCAUGAACUCUAUCUUUAGAUAUGGCAAUGGUUGGGCCUAUGUUCAGAUUGCUGCUUAUGGUAAAAACUUUACCAAGUCAUCAAUAGAUACUUGGGCAGCCUUUGAGAGGCAAGGGAUGGAAGAAAUAGUUGAUUCGGAUAUCAUAAGCGCGGUUUGCUUCCUCUCCGGUGUAUGCAGUGGCUCAGUCUGCGUGAUAAUGGUGGCGGCGUGGACUCAUCAAGUGCACCAAGGCUACACAGCCACCCUCUCCCUCUUGGCCUUCUAUGUUGGUUACCUCAUGACAAGGAUAGCAAUGGCAUUGCCUCAUGCUUGUGUGAGCUGUUACUUCGUAUGCUAUGCUGAGAAUCCAGAGAACAGGCUGUUUGAUAAGACAAUAUCUGAAAGAUUAGAAUUAAUCAAAUCUGGUCGAGAUGUAGCUGCUCCAACACCAAGAGUUCCUCAUCGUUUCAAUAGAUCAACACGAUGAUAGACAACGUAACAGGUGGAUAUGAACAUAUUUUUAACGUGUGAAUAGUGUACAAGUCCAAAUGAUGCAAUAUUCAAUUCUGAGACGAAGUAAGUUUAUUAUUGGAAGCUUUUCCCACUAAAUAUUUUUGUCAAUCUUUGAGAUUCAUAUUUGAUGGUGAAACAUCAAGCAUGUGAGUAAACAUUAAACAAGGGAGCUUGUUGCAAAUGGGUUGUUUAAUUGAUAAUUUAAUAUAGUUAGGUAGUUUGACUAAUUUUAA